AGCCCUCGGGAGAGAAUCAGCCAACGAAAUUGACCUUGGGAAAAUUUGCUUCCGCUAAGAAAAAAAGUUGGAACGAGGUCGCUGCUAUAAGAUUGUCGCAGGGAACGCAUUGGACGUCGAGUCGAGACCCCGCAGAGGAGCAGUGAGGCUGGGUGAAUGGCCUCAACGGACAGUUGACUAUAUCUCAAGCACCCCUCGUUCCCACUCGCCAUGGCCCCGUCUCGCGUGUACCAGAUCCGCGUGCCGGCGACAUCAGCCAACAUUGGGCCGGGAUUUGACGUAUGCGGUAUCGCUCUGUCGCUUUCGUUGUCACUGCGCGUGACUAUUCCGGAUACUGAAUCUGGCUCUUCCGCUCCAUUAUCAUCAUUCUCCUCCUCCUCCUCCUCCUCCUCCUCCUCCUCAGCCCCAUCCGAACCUCUCCCCGUCAUCACGUACUCUGGGCUCGAUAGUGACAAUGUCCCUCUCUCACCUUACAAAAAUCUGUUGACUCGAGUCGCGCUCUAUGUCCUCCGAAGCCACAAUAUUGCUCACUUCCCACCCGGCAUACAUAUCGCAGCUCAUAACGAGAUCCCCUUUGGUCGAGGUCUAGGAUCAUCCGGUGCAGCCGUCAUUGCUGGAGUCUUGCUCGGUGAUCUGCUGGGCAAUCUCAAUCUUCCAAAAGUGCGUCUGCUGGACUUUGCCCUCAUGGUCGAACGACAUCCCGACAACGUCACUGCCGCUUUGAUCGGCGGGUUCGUCGGAUCAUAUCUCAAAGAAUUAUCCCCUGAAGAUACGUCCGCCGCUUCGAUCCCGCUUGCGGAAGUACUUCCUGAAUACCCUCCCGACGCCGGCCCCGAAUGGGGUAUGGACCCCCCUCGAGCACCUAAUGAUAUCGGUCACUAUGUCCAAUUUGGAUGGGCGAAAGAGAUCAAAGCGAUCGCCGUCAUGCCGAAAUUCGAGCUACCCACCGCCAAGGCUAGAUCAGUUCUACCGACGUCCUACUCGAGAAAAGACUUGGUCUUCAACUUGCAGCGAUUGGCCGUGUUGACCACUGCCUUGUCGAGAUCACCGCCAGAUCCUGAUCUCAUCUAUGAAGCGAUGAAAGACAGAGUUCAUCAGCCUUACCGGAAGACCUUGAUCCCCGGUCUGCCAGAGAUUCUCUCCUCACUCACCCCUCACACUCACCCUGGCCUCUUGGGUAUCUGUCUCAGCGGUGCAGGCCCUACCAUUCUCGCACUCGCUCACUCACAUUUCGAUGCUAUCGCAGCGGAGAUCACUCGAAUAUUCAAGACCAAGGAUAUCGAGGUGGAUUGGCAAGUCCUGGAGAUUGACCAACGGGGCAGUGUGGUGGAGCAACUGGAAUAGAAUCUGUAUUUUUUGAUCAGAACCGAUGCACAGGACUGGCCCUGCGCAUGGUCUCUCAGCUUCCACCCAGCAAGCAGCUUCUUGACGUGAGAAUGUGGGUUCCACUAUCACACCAUAGUACCCUCCCGCUCCUGCCACUCUGGUGAUGCUAAUAGCAUUUCCUAAUCAUCGCCACGUGGGAAGGAUAUGAAACGUGUUCUACGCG